AUGCGAUACCGAUCAUUUCUUUCCUGGCUGCGAUCUAUCCUGCUGUAUUCUUUUUCCUCAUAUGCCCAUUUGCCCUUUUCGCGCAUAUAUGGCGUUAUCAUGGACGUGUUGGGCCUUUUUUCCAACAUCUCACAGGUCGUUGACCUUCUUAUCAAAAUCGGCGUCAUGUGUUCAAUUUAUUGCUUCGACGUCAAAAAUGCCCCAAAAGAAGUGCGGCUGCUCCUAAGAGAGGUCGAUCGGCUAACAGUUGUUAUCAAAGAGCUCGAAAUCUUGCUAAAUGGAUCGAAAGGGGCCACCAAGAUAGAAUCGCCGGUUCUGCGGCAAACCGUCUUCGACCUCCGCAAGCUGCUAGCAGAGCUAGUAGCGAAACUAGAUCUAGGAGCGAAGAAUACUUCUACUAGAGCUAUGUGGCCUUUUAAGAAACGAGAGGUUUACGAUAUCAUUGCUACUAUUGAUAGGCAAAAGGCCAAUAUUUUGUUAAAUAUGAGUAUUGAACAAACAUCAAUACUCAUCGACGUGCAUCAAGAAUUUGUUCUAUCAAAACUAAGAGUAGCAGAAGCCGCUACCUUUGACUCUAGCGUAGAUGGAGAGCAGUCAUACUGCCUUCCAGGCACGCGGACUGAAGUCAUCGCACAGAUACGGCAGUGGAGCACCGAGCAGAAUGGCCAGUCUAUCUUCUGGCUGAAUGGUAUGGCGGGCACUGGAAAAUCCACAAUUUCUCGGACAGUGGCCCAGCUUUCAAGCAACAACGAUGUUCUGGGAGCAAGCUUCUUCUUCAAAAGAGGUGAAGGAAAUCGUGGGAGAGCAACAUUUCUCUUCACCACAAUAGCCGCUCAGCUUGUUCGCCGACUGCCGUGUCUCGCCCCUCAUAUCCGCGAAGUCUUGGUUAUUGAUCCGUUUAUUCAUGAGAAACCCCUGAAUGAUCAAUUCCAAAAGCUGAUUCUCGACCCACUAAGCAAAAAUCCGCGAUGCUGGGGGCCAAACUUGCUCAUAGCCAUCGACGCUUUAGACGAGUGCGGCUCAGAGGAUGAUAUGAGAACAAUGAUCAGCGUCUUCUCAAAGGCUCAGGAGACGACUAGUCCUCGAGUCAAGUUUUUUCUUACAAGCAGGCCCGAAUUGCCCAUCCGGCUUGGAUUUGAGAAUAUUGGUGGAAAGUACGAUAACUUACUUCUCGCAUCAGUUCCCGCCACCACUAUUACACUCGAUAUUGGGCUUUUCAUGCGAAAUAAACUUCAGGCCAUCAAAAAAGACUACAACAUGUCCGUUUCUGAGCAUCGAAAGAUAAGACCCGACUGGCCCGGCGAGGAUGUGCUGCAGAAAUUAAUCGUCACGGCCAUUCCUCUCUUCAUCGCCGCAGCAACCAUAUGCCGUUUUCUUAGCGAUCGACGACUAGGAAGCCCCCAUCAUCAGCUCAACAGACUUCUUGAGUAUCAGACAAUAAAGAUAUCUGGCAUGGAUAUGACAUAUCUUCCGGUUUUGGAUCGCCUCAUUGCUGGUCUUUCACCUAGCAGAAAACAAGAAGUGCUACAUAGAUUUCGAUAUCUAAUUGGCUCCAUCGUCACUUUGGCUCGACCGCUGUCCAUUAGGAGCCUUUCACGUCUCCUUGACAUUACGACAGAUAUUAUUGAAGAUCAGCUCGAUCUCUUGCAUUCAGUUCUUAGUGUCCCCACCGAUUUGGAUACUCCCGUGAGACUACUCCAUCUUUCAUUUCGAGAUUUCCUGGUUGAUGCUGAAGAAGCACACUCCAAAAAUGACUUCUGGUCACAAAAGGUCGAAAGUCACGGAAGCGCGGUUCUCGAAGUUGUUCUUUCUCCAGAUAAAAAAAGGGUUGUAACCACUGCGGGAGAGCGCACCGUCAAGCUCUGGGAUACCGCCUCUGGCAAAUGUAUCACAACGGGUGAAAGGCAUAAAAUUUUGGCACCAGUGCCUUUGGUGGUACCUCACGAUAUUCUUUCGGCUCCUUAUGAUCACGUUAUGGAUCGCAAUGAUCUAUACGGCUGGCCAAGGUCGAUUCAAUUUUCCCAAGACAGUUCUAAAUUUGUCUCGAUAGAUGAAACCUUUGGACCCAAGCUUUGGAAUACAAACAACGGUGGCUACGAGCCAUUACAUGAGACGAAUCAUGGCUCCACCAUAUCCAUCGCAGAUUCACCAAGCGAUAUGGCAGUUUCAUUUACGUCCAGAGAAGAUACAGUAAAGUACUGGGACAUCGUAUCGAAAACACUUCUUGGUUCCUUUGGUGACAAAACGCACGAAUUGUCAUAUUCAACAUUUUCACCUGAUGGCACUUAUCUUAUGCUCGGUUAUGAGGACGGGGCUGUUCGGCUGUAUCAUUUACCAACUGAAAAGUGGAAAGAUAUGAAAGCGACGCAUGAGGGGCCGGUAACGCUCAUCACAAUGUCAGCAGAUGGCACGAGGCUGGCUUCUGGUACGGGCAAAAUCCAAAUUUAUGACACAAAGUCUGGUACAUGCACUGUCAAGUAUGAAACGGCUUGCCCGACUUCAAAUAUAAACCAAAUUUUAUUUUCUCCUGACAGCCGAUAUCUUACCAUCCUCUAUUCAGCAAAGAAAGACAGCGAUUACGCAAGGAAUGAAAAGCUGAGUCUUCUGGACGCCUCGACAGGAGACUGCAUUGCGACGCUGGGGAUGUGUGGGCUCGCCAAUCAUAUAGAAUUCGACUCCGCCAAAUCCAAUCUGCUUAUCACCAAUGUGGGCACAUUCCUGUUCAACCCGCCUACCUUUCCAAAUGCAAAACCCAUAGGACUUGGCCUGAGCAAUGACGGCGAGUGGAUUACAUGGGAUUCUCGCAAUUUGCUCUGGUUGCCGCCCACGUUUAGAAUAUCUGCAUCGGAUAUUGAUGUAGGGGCAUCUCUGAUUGCGCUUGGGACUCGCCUCGGGCGGCUGAUCUUGAUUGGCAUUGAUUCCUCCAAAGUUCCACCGCCUACUGUCACGGUGAACCUUUUGGACGCCACAAAUGUGCCUUGA